AUGUCUCUCUCUAAGAUCGCGAGUCUUUUCAUAGCAUCGGCUGCACUGGUUGCAGGCCAUGGUUAUGUGACUAGCAUUGAAGUCGACGGGACUACCUACGGAGGCUAUCUGGUGGACACCUACUACUACGAGUCCGAUCCACCUGAGCUGAUCGCCUGGUCGACCAAUGCGACCGAUGAUGGAUAUGUUUCGCCCACUGCCUACCAGAGUUCAGAUAUCGUUUGCCACCGCGGCUCGGCCCCUGGAGCUCUUGAGGCGUCCGUCAAGCCUGGCGGUUCUGUCAAGAUGACUUGGAAUACCUGGCCGGAUGACCACCAUGGUCCGGUUAUCACGUACUUGGCCAACUGCAAUGGCUCAUGUGCUGAUGUCGACAAAACGGCCCUAGCUUUUUUCAAGAUCGAUGCUGGUGGCUUGAUUAAUGACGAUACCGUGCCGGGCACUUGGGCAAGCGAUAAUUUGAUCGAUAAUGACUAUUCCAGGACCAUCACCAUCCCAUCCGACAUCGAAGCAGGCAGCUAUGUUCUGCGACAUGAGAUCAUUGCGCUGCAUGGCGCUGAGGACUUGAAUGGUGCCCAGAACUAUCCCCAGUGCAUUAACCUGAAUGUGACUGGUAGCGGCACUGCAACUCCGAGUGGUACUUUGGGUGAGAGUCUCUAUAAGAACACCGAUCCCGGCAUCUACGUCGACAUCUGGCAAACUAUCAGCACAUAUACCAUACCCGGUCCAGCUCUCUACACUGCUGGCAGCACCGCCACCACAACAGAUACUGAUGUCACUACGACGGCAGCUACCACGACCGCGACAGCUGAAACGGCAACUACCGAAUCCGCUGCUUUUGAGACGUCUGCCGCAGCAAAGACAACGGUCUCUUCUUCGCUUUCCCAGGCAACUGAAUCUGUAUCCACCAAUAGUGGUCAGUCUCCUGAUAGCCAGUCGAAUCCAGGAGGCAGGAUCUCUCCUAUUGGAAAUGCUCCCUCUCAGGCCGCCGAAGUGGCUAGCAGCAGCACCACUACAAGCAGUGCGGCCUCAAGCUCAUCCACUUCUUCCUCCGGGAUAUUGAGCGGAUCCUGCAGCGAGGAGGAUUACUGGUAUUGUAAUGGAGGCUCGGCUUUUCAGCGCUGUGUGAAUGGCGAGUGGGAUGCGUCGCAGAGCAUGGCAGAAGGUACUGAGUGCACCGCCGGAAUCUCUGAGACACUCACCAUCUCCGCCUCUAAUCAGCGCCGAGAUUUCUCCCAUCUUCGUCGCCACAAUGCGCACCGUCACCGUGUUUGA